GUUGAGCAGAUGUCCUUUUCUAUGUGUUUAGCUUCUGAAUUUGGCCACAAAUCCCUCUGCUCUGCUGCUCACUCAUUCUGACAUCCGCUGCUCAGGGAGGGAUGUGUCCGAGGUGGCUUGGAAAAAUGAAUAUCGCAAAUGAGACAUUGGUGACCUACUUCAUUAUUAAGGGGAUUUCGGAUAUCCCGAUACUCCAAGUUCUGACCUUCCUUCUGGUUCUAUUGAUGUAUGUAGUCAUUCUUGGUGGUAAUAUGACCAUCUUUAUAGUAGUCUGUGUGUGCUCUCACCUCCAUACUCCCAUGUACUUCUUCUUAUGUAACUUGUCCAUCUUGGACAUGUCCUCCAGUACGGUCACUCUUUAUAAGAUCCUCAGCAGCUUUUUAUCAGGGGAUAAAACCAUUUCCUCAGAUGUGUGUAUAUCUCAAAUGUUUAUUUUUAUUUCUUUAGUGGGCAAUGAGUUGAUGUUGUUGACAGCCAUGAGUUAUGACCGCUAUGUUGCCAUCUGUAAACCAUUGCAUUAUUCCUCAAUCAUGGGCCCGGGCCUGUGUGUGGCUUUCGCCACUAUCUGUUGGGUUUUUGGCUUUAUAGAAUCGACUCCUAUUUUUAUAUUAAUUCACAGAUUUUCUUGUUUUAAAUCAAACAUAAUAAACCAUUUUUUCUGUGACAUAGUGCCCAUAAUGAAACUUACAUGCAACGACACUUCCUUGACCAACCUCUUAAUUUUUAUCUGCGGACUUUUUCUCUCCAUCUUCCCCUUUCUGUACACAUUCAUCCCAUAUAUUUUUAUUAUCAUUGCCAUACUAAAAAUCAGUUCAACUUCUGGAAAACAUAAAGCUUUCUACACAUGUUCUUCCCACCUCACUGUGGUCAUACUCCUCUACGUGACUCUCAUCUGUCAGUACAUGAGACCGGUUUCAAUGGACGGUUUGGGAUCUAGUAAGCUUUUCUCUCUGUUUAACACCGCUGCAGUCCCUCUGCUUAACCCGCUGAUCUACAGCCUGAAGAAUACGGACGUAAAAUCUGCACUUAAACGUCUGAAGCAACAAAUGGCCACAAAGCUGGUGUUAUGA